GACGCAAACGCGCGGCCGCCUUCCGCACUGCGGGCGCCUGUACGCUACAGGAGUCGGGUUUCUGGAGCAUGCGCAAAACCCCGUACGUAAAGAUGGCGGCCUCUAUAUUGCACACGCUGCUCAAGCGAUAUCCUACCCUUUCGCCCUUCAGAGGUAUCAAUGGAGUUCAGUUUUCCCUCCAGACUUUUUGCACUGAAGCCUCUUCUGGAAAAGAUUCUUUGCCCCCAGCUCCUGUUUCCCCUUAUGAGAAUGAACCCUGGAAAUACCUGGACUCAGAAGAAUACCAGAGUCGCUAUGGUUCUCGCCCCGUCUGGGCUGACUACCGCCGCAACCACAAAGGCAGGAUCCCCCCACAGCGGACUCGGCAGACGUGCAUUCGUAAGAAUAAAGUUGCUGGGAAUCCUUGUCCCAUCUGCCGGGAUCACAAGUUGCAUGUGGACUUUAGGAAUGUGAAGCUCUUGGAACAGUUCGUCUGCGCCCACACUGGCAUCAUCUUCCACGCCCCGUACACAGGGGUCUGUAUGAAGCAGCACAAGAAGCUGACCCAGGCUAUCCAGAAAGCCAGGGACCAUGGGUUCCUCAGCUACCAUAUUCCCGAAGUGGAGCCGCGGGACCUCGAUUUCAAGACGUGCCAUGGAGCCGUGAGUGCCACCCCGCCGGCCCCCACCCUGCUCUCAGGUGACCCUUGGUAUCCCUGGUACAGCUGGAAGCAGCCGCCAGAACGAGAACUGUCCCGACUUCGCCGCCUCUACCAGGGCCACCUCCGGGAAGAGAGUGGCCCCCCACCAGCAUGCAUGCCCAAGGAGCCCUCUGCCGCCCCCAAGGAGCAGAGUCUCCCCAGCGAUGUGUAGGACUGGGACAUGUGUAGGGAGGCCUGCAGCAGGCUGAGGGUGGGUGGCUCUGCUUGCAGCCAUCGCAUGUGCACCUUGUGGAAGGAUGUGCUCAACACCUGAUAAAGACUUUACCCCACUCCCUUUCCACAAUAAAGUGUCUCCCAUCUC